UGUUGGUUCCCUCUUUAGUUUUUCUCCCGCGAAUUGUUAAUUCCUUCGCCAUACUCAGCUGCCGCCGCCGCCGCCACCAUCACCGCCGCCGCCGCUGAUUUUCGCUUUGCGCCGCGUGAGCAGAGGACAGGAGCGAGAAUUCAGAGGCUGGGAGAGACGUGAGAUUUGCCGGGUAAGCGCUGCUGCCUGGUGCGCGCGUGCGCCAGGCGGCUCUGUCCCGACCUGCAUGAGCCGCCAUUGUCCCUCCUCGCCGUGGAUGCCGGCCUCUGUGGUUCCGUUGGUCGCAUCGCCGCCUGUUAGCUCCGCCACCGCGGCCCAGGAGUAGUUAAGGACAGCCGUGCCAACAUCAGGCGGCUGGCGCGAGAGAAGCCGCGGUUGUACAUAUGGAGGUUGACGCCUAGUUUAAAAUGGAGGAUGCUAAUGAACUACUGGACUUGGAAGUUGACAUUGUCGGCCUGGACGGUGGCACCGCUUGGAGCAAAUUGGCCACAGCUGAAGACCCCGACGCCACAGAGUGCUCAAGUUCUUUUGGCGACACUCUAUCGGGAUCAGAGGGUGAUGCGAGGCCUUCGGAGAUUAGUGACAUUGAGGUGGCCUCACCGUUCUGCCGCUAUCAUCCUAAUGGAGAUGCUGCUGCUCUGCUAGACGCAGCUGCUUCUGACAAUUUGGAUAGAUUGUUGAAGAAGAAAAAGGUAACUGAUCAUUGGCGAAAGUACGUAAGCCCAUUAAUGUGGCGAUGCCAAUGGUUAGAGCUGCGGAUGAAGGAUCUGCAGUCUCAAGUCUCCAAAUACGACAAGGAACUUUCUGUACUUAAGCAUGAGAAGGAGUUGCAGACAAAAAUGAUUGAGUUGGAUUGCUCCUCGUCGAGAUCAGUACCCUUCUCCUCUCAUUGCUGCAGGAAGACUAUGAAACGGAGGAGGAGAAAGAAAAACGAAGAAAAAAUGGAUGCUUCAUCAUACAUCUCAAACCACACCAUAUUCUCUUACUUUGAGAAAACAGAAGGAGAUGGCCAUUCUAUUGAAGACAAUGCGAAUUUCGCGGAUGACAACACAAAAGGGAACAAUGAUGCUGAUUGGCUACUCGGUAUUGAAGGAGGUGAUACCACUGCUGAGCAGAUUCUUUUAAGUAUUCAAUCUGUUCAGGACAGAGUAUUUCUUCUGAGAUCAAAUCUCAAGAAAGCAAUGGCUAAGAAGAAGGGAAUAACCCUUAAAGUUAACACAUGGGUCAACAGUACACAGAGCUCCAAUUGCUCACCAGGAAAGGGCAAAGUUGCUGGACUGCUUGAGAGAUCUCCCCAGGACACAUCAGAUUGUGACAUGGACGACUCUGCCAUGCCUGGAAGUGCUGUCUCGAGCUAUGGAGAAGCUAGCAACAUGGAUAUUUUUGAGAGCACCAUGAGCUUAUUGUCAGCUGAAGGUCCACAUCAGAUGGGACAAUUACGUGAAAGUUCUGAAAAUGUAUUGAUUGACAACCAAGCGGCUGAGGAAGGAUACCAAAACUUUGAGGUGAUCAGUCAUCCAAGCAAACGACUAAGGGUAUCGGUGAAGCGAGAAACCGGCGCACAUUCCGAGGAUGAGAGCGUUGCCCCUGCAGUCGGCGUCAAGAGAGAAGCACUGGAAGAAGGCACGACAAGCUUCAGCCUUCAGGGAGCAAUCCUGAAGCCCUGCUUCACGGGAAAGCAGCGGGAGCGGAAGCCGAUGAAGCAGGUCAAGCAAAGACGAGGUGGCACAACCGCAGCAGCUGCUCUCAUGUCGUGGAGGAGCAAGAGGAUUCGGAAAAAGAAGCAAUUCUAGGAUCGGGCUACCUCCAUCUUUCUGUUUGCAGUUUCCGAUUUCAGUUUAAUUAGAUGAGAGAUGAUGACGGCAACUUCGGGUUUGUUUUCUUUGUAUCUGGUGUUAUUUAGCGGUGCCAUAAUCAAGAGCAAGAUGGAAAAUGGCGCCUUGGGCUCAGGCGAGAGGUGCUUUUGAGGCAGUCUUGCUUCUGUUUCUAUUGUUGUUGUUGCUGCUUAUUGUCUUGCCCUGAACAGUUGAGCUCGUGAUAAGGAUUUGUUUGUAUGGAUUCCGUUCGUUUUUGUUGCUA